GGCUAAACGUCAGGUUCAUGCGAGCGAAAUUCCCCCCUCCUCACGCCUUUCGUAGGCGAGGAGACAGAAUUGACUGAUCUUGAGCAAUGUCAGAUUGGAAACUAUCGACGCCGCGUCUACCCGUGUGGCUUCAGGCUACUAGACUGAAGCCGGGGUUUGCUUCGGCCGUAGCGGGACCCGAAAGCCAAACCACCUUCUUUUUCGUCCCCAGCAUACUGAGGAAAAUCAUGGAGAGACCCAUUUCUACUGUUUUAUGCAUCCUUAGUGAGCGUCCUUCUGAUUCUGCACUUAUAAUGGAAGCUCCGUGAAGCCAUUAUUUCCCGAGCUUUGCUCUUAGCGCGGGGUAUCAAGAUGGCAUAGGUCGUGCGCAGUGCGGAGUCAUUCUUCCGUCUCCCUCCAUUUUAUAUAUUUCCAUCUGCUGCCCCUUUCCCUUCCGGAAAAGUAGAGCACAUACAUAUUGAUUCUCUCCAUUGCCCUUUCCCGUUGCCCUUCAGCAUGGUCCGCAGUCGACCCACCCGUCUCGCCCACAUCGCCCCGAUUGGGGUCGAUCGCAUGGGAGACAUCGCAGAUCUAUCGGGCAAGGAUUUUCUCCGCCUAGAGAAUCUCGACGUGGAUAUACCCCCUGACCCAGAGGCCAUUGCAUGCACGAAGUCAUCUGCCGACCAAGACCAGAAUAACAGCUACCUGCCCUUUAUCGGACAGCGUCAUUUGCGCGAAAUUGCUGCGCGCCACGUCUCGUCGAUAUCCGGCGUGCAGUACUCCGGGGAGGAAAACUGCAUCAUCUCCUCCGGGGGACUAUCCGGCAUCUUGAACGUCCUUCUUGCUACCGUUGAAGUUGGCGAUGAGGUCAUCGUCACUGACCCAACUUACGCUGGUCUCAUCAACCGUGUCCGUCUCGCAGGUGGUGUCCCCAAGUUUGUCCCCUUCAAGUUCACCCCGGGGAACGAAUGGACAUUGGACAGGGAGGCAUUGAGGGAAGCCGUCCAGGGAAAAGAGAGCAAGGUCCGAGCAAUGCUUCUGAUGUCCCCAUCGAUGCCAUCUGGAGGCUAUUUCAAUGCCGAAGACUGGGACCUCAUAUCCAAACUCUGUGUAGAGGCAGAUCUCCUUCUCAUCCUUGACACUGCCAUGGAGCGGCUCCUGUUUGAUAAGAGACCGCUUAUCCACCCUGCUGGGCUACUAGGCAUGGCUAAUCGCACAAUUACCGUCGGCGCCGCCUCCAAGGAACUUCGCAUGAUCGGCUGGCGCGUAGGGUGGAUUGUUGCGCCCAAGGAAUACAUACCUGAUCUCAUCGCCGUCUCGCUCGCGAACGUAGUCGUUCCCGUGGGAAUUGCGCAGUCUGCGGCCGCCGUUGCCCUCGAGAGAUCAUGGACUACCAUGCAGCCUUACGUGGACGAGCUGCAAGCCCGCCGGGAUUUGAUCUUAGAGGAGCUACACGGCCUGCCUGUGGGCGUACCUGCAGGAGGAUGGUCACUUCUUCUACGAGUAUCAGACUACGGAAUUGACGGAGAAACGGCGUCUAAAAGGCUGCUGGAGGAAGGCGUAUGUGCGACGGGCAUGGCGGGCUGGGGAAACGAACACGGGAAAGAAUACGUACGCUUUGUUUUUUCAAAUGAGCCAUGUGAGAGAUUAGUGGGUUUAGGAAACAAAGUGAGGGCCGCUCUGAGGAUAUGA